AUGUCGAUACGUAUUGUCCUAGACCAUCCGCCCGAAUUCUACACCAAUCUCGACUUUAUCAAGGGCAGCGUGCUUCUCAACCUGAGCCGCCAUGAGCACAUCGGCGCAAUCAUCGUCAAGCUCGAGGGCGAGUCGAGAACUGCCCUCGGCGUCCCUAGCGAGAACCCAGGCAUAGGUAUUGGCGGGAGGGAGCGGCCUGCGCCCAGCGGAGACACCCUGCACGAGAACCAUAAGAUCCUCUACAAGGUCGGCCAGGUCUUCCCCGACGAGAAUGCGCGCCCGGCCGCCUCGCCCUACAUCCUCAACCCGGGGCAGCACCGCUUCCCCUUCCAGUUCAAGUUCCCCUUCAAUAACGCCUGCGGAAAUGUCGAGGCCAUGGCACGCAUCGGCGGCGUCGUCAGCACCGGAGGCCCCUUCGGCAUCGGCUUCCGGGUCAUGGACGGGACCAAGCAGCUGAUGUACUCGCACGUCACCAAGACGCUGCCCCCCAGCUUCACCGGCUUUCCGGGCGAGGCCGAGAUUCGGUACUACCUCAAGGUUACCGUGCAGCGGCCCGGCAUAUUCAAGGAGAACUGGCGCUAUCAGAUGGGCCUCAAGUUCCUGCCCAUCGAGCCACCCCGGCCGCCCAAGACGAACCAGGAGGCCUACGCGAGACGCCCAUUCACCUUCCAUCCGAGGAGCCCCGACCCGGCUGCCUACCAGAAGAAGCGCUCCUCCAUCUUCGGCUGGCCGGCCGGUCCCUCAACGCCCGCCAACGGCUCCCCAAACCUCCAACCUCCCGCUCCCGCUCCCGGCCUGUCCAGCGGUCCACCAUCGCCCACGGCUCCCCCAGACCCUCCCUCGAUUGAAAUGUCCGCCCGCCUCCCACACCCUGCCAUCCUUACCUGCAACAAGCCGAUACCCCUACGCCUAAUCGCAAAGAAACUGGUCCCCGCACACGCCGAGGUGUACCUGAUAGCAUUGCAAAUCGAUCUCAUCGGCACCACCACCGUGCGCUGCCAGAACUUGAUCAACAAGGAGAUCAGCCGCUGGGUCGUCAUGGCCCGCCAUGGCCUCUCCAUCCUGCUAUCCAAACCCGAGGACCCCGUGGGAACCGAGUUCCUCGUGCCAGACACCUUGUGGAGCGGAUCUCCCUUGCCCAACACCGUCAUGCCCAGUUUCGUCACAUGUAAUCUCAGCCGCGACUACCAGCUCGAAGUCAAACUCGGUCUCGCCUGGGGCAAGCCUUCUCCGCCUCCCCACGCCUCCGAGAUUCCGCAGGAACUGCACCUCCCCCUCCAUUUCAGCACCAUCCAAGUCUACUCCGGUCUCGCUCCGCCACCCGCCCUUGUCGAAGCCAUCCGCCAAGGCCGAGGCCGAACCUCACAUCCCACCCCAGGGACGACGACGACGACAACAACAACAACAACAACAACAACAGCAGCAGCAGCAACAGCGACAGCGACAGUCCAACCACACUCGCCACAACAACCGCCAGAACUCCCCCCGCGGCCGGCCCAGCCACCGCAGCAGCAGCCCGCCGACGCCCUCUACCCCCCGCAGCUGGGGCCGGGGCAGGUCAGCCCCCCGUACGACGACGCGCCGCCGACGUACGAGGAGGCCAUGGCGGAGGAAAUGACGGGUCCCAUGUUCCCACCCGGCGCCGCACGCCCGGCCUAUAGCGGGGUCACGGACGAGAACGGACCCAGUAGUCUGGACGCGGGCAGGGGUUCCGGUGGGGAGAAGGGGUAGCAGCUCCUCUAUCCGUAGCGACUGUUCGAAUUGGGGAUUGGGAUUGUGAUGGAUGGAAUGAAUGACCGAAUUGCGAUGAUGGAAACGGAAACAGUAGAAUUUCUCUGCGAGGGGACUAAGUCAUAGGAGAGCGAGGUGCAUUUCUGACGACGUUCGAUAUGGGACGAGAGUUGCAUUAUCUGGGUCGAAGAGCGGGAUUCAAUACCAAUGCCGUGUAUAU